AUGAUGGAAGAUAACGGUGCACAUUUCUUCGAGGGAACCGAGAAACUGUUAGAGUUGUGGUUCUCCCGGCAGGAUGAGACCAAGGGAACCGGGGACCUGCGAACCAUCCCAAGGUUUGAGUGGGACAAACUUUUGGAGAAUGUGCACUGUCUGAUCAUAAGUGUGACAAAGACCGACAAACAGGAAGCUUAUAUACUCAGUGAGAGUAGCAUGUUUGUCUCCAAGAGACGUUUCAUUUUGAAAACAUGUGGAACCACCCUCUUACUGCAAGCACUGGUGCCUCUGCUGGAACUCGCCAGGGAGUACUGCGGUUUUGAUGCCAUCGAGAAUUUCUUCUACUCCCGCAAGAAUUUCAUGAAACCAACCCAUCAAGAGUUCCCUCAUCGAAACUUCCAAGAGGAAGUAGACUUUCUCAGCCAGAUUUUCCCAAAUGGUGCAGCCUACUGUAUGGGACGUUUGAACUCUGACUGCUGGUAUCUGUUUACUCUGGACCUGCCAGAGUACUGGGAGAACAAGUAUGCGGAUCAAACACUGGAAGUUCUGAUGAGUGACCUUGAUCCAGCCAUUAUGGACCAGUUCUACAUGAAAGAUGGUGUUUCUGCAAGUGAUGUCACUCGUAUGAGUGGAAUUUGUGACCUGAUACCAGGUUCAGUGAUAGAUGCCACAUUGUUCAACCCAUGUGGAUACUCGAUGAACGGAAUGAAGACUGACGGUACAUACUGGACCAUUCACAUCACCCCAGAGCCAGAUUUCUCCUACGUUAGCUUCGAGACAAACCUCUCCCAGACAUCGUACGACGACCUCGUCCGGAAGGUGGUGGAUGUGUUCAAGCCAGGAAAAUUUGUGACCACGCUUUUUGUCAAUCAGAGCUCGAAAUGUCGCAGCGUCUUCUCUUCGACCCAAAAACUCGACGGGUUCAAGCGUCUGGACCGCCAGCUGGCUCAAUUCAACGAUUACAAUUUUGUGUUCACAAGUUACGCCAAGAACUGCCAGAAGAAUCAGAAGAGCUGA